CGCGGGCAGCGGGGACAGCAGGGCCUCUGCGGCGGGGGUGACAGGCAGGGCCGUGCCGUGCCUGCCUUGCAGGGGAGCGGCGCCAUGGCCCUCGGCGCGCCCGCCGGCACCGACGCCUGCCUGAGCAUCGUGCACAGCCUGAUGUGCCACCGGCAGGGCGGGGAGAACGAAACCUUCGCCAAGAGAGCCAUCGAGAGCCUGGUCAAGAAGCUGAAGGAGCGCAGGGACGAGCUGGAGGCGCUGCUGGCUGCCGUCACCACCAGUGGAGCUCAUCCCAGCAACUGCGUCACGAUCCAGCGCACCCUGGACGGGAGGCUGCAGGUGGCUGGCAGGAAGGGCUUCCCGCACGUCAUCUACGCGCGGCUGUGGCGCUGGCCGGACCUGCACAAGAGCGAGCUGCGGCCGGCAGGGUUCUGCCGCUUCGCCUUCCACCUGAAGCAGGACAGCGUCUGCGUGAACCCCUACCACUACGAGCGCGUGCUGGCCCCUGCCGGUUUGAGCAUCCCGAGCCCAGUGCCCCCUGCGGUGAAGGAGGAGUUUGUCCAUGACUGUGUGCAGAUGGAGCUGAUGCCCGGCCAGGAGCAGGGGGGCACAGGGGCUCCUCGCUUGCCCCCCUCUGAGAGCUACCAGCAGCAGCUGCCCCCUCUGCAGCUCCCAGAGACCCCCCACAGCCCUGCCAGCCUCUGCCCUGCACUGCCCGUGGCACCCCCAGCAGUUCCAGGGGGCUCUCUGCUGCCCCUGCCCCACACCCAGGGCCUGCUGCAGGUCGCCUGCCCCCCCCCAGCCCCGGCACAGCCCCCCCUGCAGAACAGCUACCCCAACCCCCCCUACCACAGUUCUGCGGUGAACUGGACCAGGACGGGAAUCUACACAGCGAGCUUGGGGGGGCCACAGCCGAGCCCCCCAGCACCACCCAGCAGCCAGAGGCACUCACAGCCCCCCCUGCAGCACCCCAGCCGCUACUGGCCCUCCCCCCGUCACUCUGUGCCCUACCAGCAGCCAGUGUCCACCCAUCCUGGGCCGGAGUUCUGGUGCUCCAUCGCCUACUUUGAGAUGGACGUGCAGGUGGGGGAGACCUUCAAGGUGCCCUCCAGCUGCCCUGUGGUCAUCGUGGAUGGCUACGUGGACCCCUCGGGGGGGGCCAGAUUCUGCCUGGGGCAGCUCUCCAACGUGCACCGCACCAGCGCCAGCGAGAGGGCCCGGCUGCACAUCGGCAGGGGAGUGCAGCUGCAGUGCCGGGGCGAGGGCGACGUUUGGCUGCGCUGCCGCAGCGCCCACGCCCUCUUCGUCCAGAGCUUCUACCUGGACCGCCAGGCCGGCAGGGCCCCCGGCGACGCCGUCCACAAGAUCUACCCCGGGGCCUACAUCAAGGUCUUUGACCUGCGGCAGUGCCAUCGGCAGAUGCAGCAGCAGGCGGCCACGGCCCAGGCUGCCGCCGCCGCUCAAGCCGCCGCCGUCGCCGGCAACAUCCCGGGGCCCGGCUCGGUGGGAGGCAUCGCACCGGCUGUGGGGCUGUCGGCGGCGGCAGGCAUUGGGGUGGACGACCUGCGGCGUUUGUGCAUCCUGAGGCUCAGCUUCGUCAAGGGCUGGGGCCCGGACUACCCGCGGCAGAGCAUCAAACACACCCCGUGCUGGAUUGAGGUGCACCUGCACCGAGCCCUGCAGCUGCUGGACGAGGUCCUGCACACCAUGCCCAGCACUGAGCCAACCCCUCCCUAA